CAGAUGCUAACAAUCGCAGCAGCCCGGCAAAUAGCACCACGUUAGCCAGAUACUUCUUACUGCAGUUUAAAAUUCUCAUUGAAAGAAGAAAAGACAACAUUUUUGGACACAAUUCACGCCGGAACACGUUUGCGUUAACGACGUGUUAUUUUAGUUGAGCGGCAACUUAAAGUUAAGUAACUUAGUGAAGUGAGCUAGCUAACGUUAGCUAACUAGCCUCGCCAGAAAGUUCUGUGUUGCUGGAAGUUUCAAGGUUUAGUGACGAUAGCAUGUUAGGAAACGUUCAUAGACAGUUACAGUAGAUACAGAACAUGGGGUUUGUGAAGCUAGCAGGAGCGACCAUCACCUCCGCCGGUCCCUAACACACUUCAACAUCAGUAUCGUUGGCUGAACCGAACCGGCUUCAAAACGGCAACAGCAACAGCAGCAGGGGAGAAACUGGACCGGUCCGGCUCAGCAUCCAGCUCAAAGAUGGAGUUAGCAGCGGCUCACCCAGCUCUCAAAGCCUUUAUGUGCGGCUCUCUCAGCGGCACCUGCUCGACGCUGCUCUUCCAGCCUUUGGAUCUGGUCAAGACACGACUGCAGACGCUGCAGAACAGUGCCAAGCCAGGUGCACCCAGGGUGGGGAUGUUCACCGUUUUCAUCAACGUUGUCAGGACAGAGAAGUUCUUCAGUCUAUGGAAGGGAGUUUCACCAUCAUUUGUGCGCUGCAUCCCUGGGGUCGGUAUCUACUUCAGCACCUUCUACUCCCUGAAGCAGCACUUCUUCCUGGACCGGGCGCCCAACGCUGGGGAGGCUGUUCUGCUCGGAGCAGGUGCCAGAGCUGUGGCUGGAGUCUGCAUGCUACCGUUCACAGUCAUCAAGACGCGUUUCGAGAGUGGCUGCUACAACUAUGUGAGUGUGGCCGGGGCUCUGAGGAGCGUGUACGAGACGGAGGGAGUCCGGGCUCUGUUCUCAGGACUGACUGCGACGCUGCUCCGAGACGCUCCGUUCUCCGGUAUCUACGUCAUGUUUUAUAGCCAGGCCAAGAAAUCCCUGCCUCAAGAAGUAGCUUCAGCUGCCUAUGCCCCGCUGGUGAACUUCAGCUGUGGAGUGGUGGCAGGCGUCUUGGCAUCGCUGGCCACGCAGCCUGCAGAUGUGGUAAAAACCCACAUUCAAAUCAGCCCGUCCCACUGGAGCACGACGGAUGCUAUUCGCUACAUCUACAUGGAGCACGGCAUGCGCGGGUUUUUUCGUGGGGCCGUUCCCAGGUCUCUUCGCCGCACUCUGAUGGCUGCUAUGGCUUGGACUGUUUAUGAACAGUUGAUGGCUCGAAUGGGCCUCAAAUCCUGAAGAACAAACCUUGUGGAGCUACAAAGAAAUGAGAGGCAAUAUGAUGGGAUUAAGAUUUAUUUUUUCACUGAGAGCGUCUCGCAAGAAGAAACUGGAGCAGAGGAGCUUAUAGAGACAAUGAAGCAGCGCUACCAAGAUUCUGAACAGAGAAACCAGGUGGAUAAAUGUCUGAAAGAAGAGUGAGAAUGCUGUGUGUGAGUGGGUGCGUGUGGGUUUACUUUCUUUUUUUGUUAUUUAAAUGUGAAAUGUGAAAAUCUGCCUGUUUGUGUCUGUCAGUGUAAGUCUGAGAUGGUGAUGUUACACCUAACACACUCUUAGGUCAGUCUUGGACUGUAGUGACACUCCCUGCUGUGAGGUGAACUUUCUUCCUCUUACUAUUUAUGUUCAGACAGAACAAGGUAUCGCUACCAGGGCCAGUCACUCUACUGGGCAGCACAGUUGCCUUUGACAAGCAAACAGGAUACAUCAGCUGAGGUAACCAAAAACAAAGCACUGCGCAGAGGGACAGAGGAGCUGGUGAGACUUGCAUAAGAUUGAGCAAUGUUUGUUACUUGCUGACUGAUGUGAACUGAAAAGCAGAGAAGUUAUAUUAGUUUCAGGCUCAGACAAUCUCAAGCACUCUUACAGCUGCAUUAUGGGAAAGAAAAUCUAGGCUAACUCCAAUAAUCACAAUAAAGCCUUUGUUGUCGCACUGCUCAAAACUAUGCUAACUUACACUUUAUAUACAACUGUGGUGCAGUUUGACUCAGCGUAGUGAAACCACAUGUGCUUUUUUUUCAAUGAUCGUCACCUCUGGAAUAUAUUCAGACCUCUGAUGGCAACUUGCAGAGAUCAGGAUUUUGUGGAUUUUUAUAAAUUUUGUGAGUUUACUGCUUUCUUAUUUGAAAGGUUUGACAUUGUGAGGUACCCUGUGGAGUUUUUGACUGCUAGCAGCGCUGUGGAUUCUUAUGAAUGGGUCCCAGUUUUGUUUGUUUUGUGCUCACAGGAGCAGCAUGAUACAGAGUGACCUGCUGCCAGGUUCACACUUUUCUGCGCAUUAAUCGUUGGUAGCAGUAACCUGCAAAGAUGCAAUUUAAAGUCUCUCUGUGGUUAAUUAAAUUUAAAAAUCUCAUCUCCAUUCCAUUAAAAUAAUACCUUCAUGCCUUAAAAUGGCUUAGACAUAACUUUAUACCAGUAUUUCCUCGAGAAUCUGCAAAUCUGUAAAGUCUCACCUCUUCCCACUUGAAGCACACCAGCUCGCUCACGGCUCUGCUUGAACACCGUAAAACCACUUUAUGCUUGUAAUGUUGGAUUAUUUCAGCCAUACAUAUACAAACUGGGCACUGAAUCUGUCUGAAAGCAGAUGUAUGAAAGUGGCGUCAGUACAGCUUCAAAGCAGAAAUGCUCAGCCUUUGCAUUGACUGUUUUUUUUGCUCAUAUAUCUUCUAGCAUAUAAAAUAAGGACAUAUUAAGGUAAAAAAAAAAACAACAACUUGUUUUUUACCGGAGAGGGUCUUAAAAUUAUACAGAAAUCCACUUUGCUUGAUUUAUGAGGAGGAAGUUGAUUUUGUGUGUUUACAAGAAAACUCCAAAGGGCACCUUCAACAGCAAUGCACUUUGCAUUUUUUCCUAAGUUAAAAAAAAGCACUUUCAUAAGUUGACGUUUUUUCUACAAUUGAAUUAAAUAUUUUGACGACAGGGUGACAUUGAAAUCUUUCACGUAUUCCUUAUUUUGUUACCUCCUGUUGUAAAACAGAAUUUCCAGAAUAAUACAUGUGCAAGUGAAGCAUUGCUGAAUCGUUGUGCUCAUCAAGGUUGUACAGAGUCCAUAUCAGUGCUGGAGCUGUGGAGCUUGUCAUUUUUUCUUUUUGCCUUUUUCUGGCUCUGUAAAUAAUGUACUUAUUACAGAAGUAUUGGCUGUUACAAAAAAAAAGGCCUUUUUUUCUGUUGUUUGUAGAGUGUAUCUGUCUCCAUAGACAUUAUUUAUUAUUGUUGAUACAAAAAAAGAGGUCAUAUAUUAAAAAUAAUUAAUAUGUAUAAGUGUUUGUAGAGAAAAUGCCAAAGGUAAGAUCUCAUCAGAGGAGGAGAUUGAUCAAAAUGGAUCCAAGUGUAAAGUCUUGACAGAAGGGACACCGAUGCCCAGUGUGAUCUGUGACAGGAUGGAAAGUUUGGCAGAAUUAAGCAUAACGGAAACAUUUGAAAUCAGAAUGCCAGAUUUACCGAACAAGUGUUUUUCUGCAAGCUUCGUUUGAGAUAAAAAUGACAGAGUUUAGAGAGAUAAAAACAGUUUAAUGACUGUGAAGGCUACAGAACAGGAUGAGGUGUCUUUCUGAGUGAAGGCAGAUGUAAGACGAAGCUUUUAUGUUUUUUUAACAGGCCUGGUGAGAGUAAGUGGAGCGUUAAUUUCUAAAAGCCUCAGUGUUUGCUGUGUAACUCAAACUGUGUAUCUAACAACACCCUACAUGUGCCACAAUUCACACCACGUAGUUUUACCUCGUCGGUUAUCUUCCCCAUCUUACCACUUCUGUCGUAUUGCAUAUGGUCAUUGUUGGUGUAGAGACUUGGUCUGUGCGUGUGUUUGCUCAGACAGAUGCUGUGCCUGCCUGGUUUUUAAGGUCAAUAAAUUUUCCUCUUUUUAUUUUCAAAA